CUAUACAAAUAUAGAACAGAACAAACUAGAAAACGGUGAUACAGCUUGUUACCACAUCGAUUUUAUACGAAAUUUUUGGAAACCAUGUUCAACAGCUACAGCAACAGCGGUGGCAACCACGCCAACGGCAUCAGCAGGUCUGUCCUCCAACAUCACUUGCAGCAAAAACAGCUGCAGCAGCAGCAACAGCAACAGCAACAGCAAUUAUCAAUACAGUUACAACUACAGCAACAACAGCAACAACGACAACUACAAUUACGAAGCCAACUACCAGAUAAUUCCUUCUCCGUAUCGAAGCAAAAUCUUGACCGAUCAAUCUCGGAGCGACAGCAAAACCUUCUUGAACAUAUGAGAAGCAAUGACUUCGAGCAAAUGGCAAAAAACCUGAAGGAAUCCAUUGAAAUAAAACGACGUCUGGAAUCCAUAAAAAAUGAGCAGCAAGCAGAGGCCAACAUGUUGCGAGCCGAACUCCAACUGAAAGCCGCUGCGAUUCAGCAACAAGGUACCAAAGCCAUACAUAGCGGCGGCAACAGCAGCGUCUUGCCAACGAAACGCAGAGAGGACGAACGGACAAAGCCCGACCUCUCGACGCUCGCGGAAACGGCGGUCGCUGUCGCCACGGGUUCUGUUUCAAGACGCAACAGCAUAGGCAUCGGAAACGGAAACGGAAACGGUGGCGUUGGGGAGAUUGGGAACCACGCAAAGAUAGGCGGAAGCGGUGCUUCGAACGAGCGAGACAACCAAAUGGAACAAUUUUUCGAGAGGCGGUUCUCAAACACGGGAUUGAUAGGCAACCGAAUCGAUGGCUUGAUCGCGAGUCGGGCCACCACCACAGGAUUGAUGGAGAAGACGGCAAAACCGUCCCCUCGAGCCUUAUCGAACGACGGAAUUACAUUUGCAAGUUCCACGGCCAAUAGCGCAACGAUGGACGCCCUCCGUCGCGAAAGCAAGGGCCCAAGCAGCCAGAAACUUCAUUUAGAAAACACAUUUAAGCGAUCACUGGAGGAGAUUCCCACGGGCAACUCGACCGUCACUCCUUCGUGGUAUCAAAAGGCUUCCAGUCUCGAUAGCAGCGCCGCGGUGUCCAACGAACAGCGCCUACAGAUGUUGAGACGAAAUUCCCUUCCGCCGUCGACGUCCGAACUCGUGCAGGCCUCGUCGCUCAAGAGGCGACGGUUGCUCGAGCAAAAGAUCAAGGAGGUUCGAGACCUUGGCAUCGGUGACGCGAUGGAACAAAUACGCAAGCUGGACACAAACAUGAAACUGGGUGCUCUGCACAGGCCCGGCGUUCCCGCCUCUCGUCCCGCGCAGCUGAUGGCAAAGAUGGCGAGUGCCGGGACCAACAACCUUUACGCUUCUGCACCAUUUUCUUUGCUGCCACAAGAACGCCGAUCGAGCCUCGCCUCGAUUUCCUCCCUCUCGCAAGAACGCCGCUCGAGCCUCGCCUCGAUUUCCUCCCUCUCGCAAGAACGCCGAUCGAGUCUUGCUUCGACAUCGUCGUUUCCACUGGAGCGCCGCCCGAGCCUCGCCUCGAGCGUGGCUUCCGCCCCCGCUGGAACCGGCACGAAUCCGGGCAUGCACAACCGAUUUGGUUCGCUCGCUUCGAACGGCCUCCGGAGAGCCACAGUGAGCGGUAGGGGCUCCCUGGACGAGCGUGCAAUAGUUCUGCACAAACUCAACCGACUCGGCGGGGGAUUUCCGAUGCCGAAGGUCGCGAAGCGUGCUUCCGAGGGCAGUGUUGUUGGAAGCAAGAACAGAAUCUUUCCAAUAGAAAUCACACCAGAAUUCAACAAGGAUAUUGUCGAUCUGGACGGGAGUGAAAACGCCUCCAAAAUCGAAACCGAUCAGAAAGAGGAGCAAAUCGACGACCGAGUGAAGUACCUGGGAAAAAUUGGGGGAUUCCCAAUGCCAUCUCUCUACAAAAACAAAAGUGUUACGAUGGACCGCAGUCGAUACGACGAUUCCAUACCGCCCACCGAAGUCCAAAGUUAUGGCAUCAGGAACUCUAUUUCUACCCAUAUCAAGAACACCGUCAACAACAAAAGCGCCAGCGCCCCCCGCCCACCAGCUCUCGACGGCUACAAGCAGAUUUGGCGUGAUAUUCGUGUCGUGGUAGGAGACGAUCCGGAAGUCGACGAAAGCCUGCGCAAGGAAGUAUUUGCUCGAAAGCUCCAUCGAGGAGAAAUCCUUGGAAAGAGGGACGAUGGGAUUGCUGCCACAGGCAACACAAAUGGUACCAGUGACCUGCAGACAUACCGGCAACGUCUCAGCGAAUUGUCUCACGACAGUAACAACGACGACAGCCUUGACAACAGUAGUCAUAUACAAGAACAUCCCGACGCAGAUCUCGAGGAAAGCAUUGUCAUUUAAUACCAAGGCUGCAGUCAAUCAAUUUUGUGCAUGUUAUACACCUCGGGGUCAUGGGGAGGAAGAAAGGACUAUCAGGUCUGAAACUAUUGUAGGAGCGAUUCACAUUGCUCAAUACCAGUACUAAUGUAAGAUACUAUUACAUAUGAGCAAAGUAGUCUUAAUUUUUCACUUUCUACAGUGGAAAUUCUGCUGAGGAGGUAAAUUGUAGUAUUUACUUAUUCUUUUGUGGAACUUGUGGCAGUAGAUUGUUGGCACAAUCAACGUCAACACAACUU